ACAGCAGAACAGAAGCAAAAGCGGAAUCGAACGAACGUCGUCGACUCGAAUGUUUGAGUGUUUGCGCUGGAAUAGCUCAAAGAAAACGAACGUCGAGAAUUGUUUGUUAAUUUGUGCGAAAUUGUGACAGCGUCAUUCAAAAAUAAAAAAAAACAUUCUAUAAGAAAAUUGACUGUCGUUCCGCGCAAAUAUAUUCCGUAUUUUAAGAGAAAAAUUAGCAGCGGACGACAACGACGGCAGCUAAAGCAACAGAAAAAGUGAAAAAUUUGAUGUGCUUAUUUGUGUGUGUGAAAAUUUCAAGUUUAUAAAACAAUUUAUUUGAGAAGAUAAUAAGAAAUUAUAAUAAAUUAAAUUUUUUACUUCUUUCGGUCGAAGAACGGGUUGAGUUUGAGAGCAGAACAAAAAGAAAAUAAAUAGCUAUAAUAAGAGAAUUCGUAAAAAGAAGACUACAACAAUAGAGAGCACACGCACUUGUGAAAGGGGAAAAAGGUGUGAGAGAGAGCGAACGCGGAUCACGCAAUAAAACGAUAUUCGAUUUUCGGACAUAAAAAAUAGUUUUAACAUAAUACUACUUUUACGUAAUUUAUAAAUAUUGUAUUAAUAGCAUUUUCUACACCGUUUCAAAAAACAAGAAGAUAAAAAUCAGCAACAGUCGAAAUUUUUGUGCAGCAAAAAGCCGUAGCAGAAAAAAUAUAUCCACACAACAAAAUAAUAAAUAUAAAUAAAUAUAUAUCAACGUAUAUAUAGCAGCCAUAAAUAAGCGCAAAAACAGCAACAGCAACAAAAAUGACCGAAGUUGAACAGCAGCCACCGCCACAGAAUGGUAUAGACUUGUCCGCCGCCGAGGAAGAUGAUAGCAGUAAAGCGCGACCAGCAGAUAUUGAGCAGGAUAUGCGCGAAAUGGAGCGCCGCAAACGUGUUGAAGCCAUUAUGGGUUCCAAACUCUUUCGCGAGGAAUUGGAACGCAUCGUGGAUUCAGCACGUGACGGUGGCGGCAUACUGCAACAGCUAUCGGACAUAAUGGGCGUACCGACAUCGACGCGUGUGGGUAAUGUCUUCAAGGCUACCAAUUGCAUGCUGCCAAUCAAUGAUAUACGCGGCGUUGAAUCGAUGGGCUAUGCCAAGGGCGAGAAGAUUUUGCGUUGCAAAUUGGCGGCCACAUUCCGUUUGUUGGACUUGUAUGGUUGGACGCAAGGCUUGGGUGCACAAAUUACUGCACGACUCAAGGUCGAUCAGGAGAAUUUCCUGGUGAAUCCGUAUGGCAUGAUGUAUCAUGAGAUCACGGCGUCUUCCUUGAAUAAGGUUGAUAUGCAGGGUCAGAUUGUGGAGCAGGGCACCACCAAUUUCGGAGUGAACAAGAAUCAUUUUGCCUUGCACUCGGUGGUGCAUGCCGCCCGCCCCGACAUCCGUUGCGCCAUCUACAUUGGCUGCACACCCGUCGUUGCCGUCUCAUCGCUGAAGGUCGGCCUACUGCCAUUGACCCGUGACGCUUGCGUUCUGGGCGAGGUGACCACACACUCGUAUACGGGCACACAAAUGGAUGCCGACGAACGUGAUCGGUUGGUGCGUGCACUCGGUCCGAAUUCGAAGGUGUUGAUACUCAGUAAUUAUGGUGCAUUGUGCUGUGGGGAAACCAUUGAGGAGGCAUUCUUUGCUGCCAGCCAUAUUGUGAAGGCAUGCGAAACACAAUUACAACUACUGCCAGUCGGUGUGGAUAAUUUGGUUUUGAUACCGGAGGAAUCGCGUAAGGCGAUUUUCGUAGAGGCCCGUCGUCCACCUGAGGAUUUGGAAAAGAAAUUCGCCGCUGCUGUGGCUACGGUCGAGGCAAAUGCCGCCGAGGCCGCUGCUGCUGCUGGCUCCGCUGACGGUGAUGCUGGUGGUGCUGUGGUCGCCGCAAAGACCACUACCGGCGCACCCAAGUGGCGUGUGGGCGGCGCUGAGUUUGAGGCGCUAAUGCGCAUGUUGGACAAUGCCGGCUACCGUACUGGCUACAUUUAUCGUCAUCCACUGAUCAAGUCGGAUCCACCGAAACCGAAGAACGAUGUUGAACUGCCACCAGCGGUUAGUUCGCUGGGCUAUUUACUCGAGGAGGAAGAGCUCUUGAAGCAGGGCAUCUGGAAGAAGGGUGAUUUGCGUAAGGGUGGCGAUCGCAGCCGAUGGCUCAACUCGCCAAAUGUCUAUCAGAAGGUUGAAGUACUGGAAACUGGCACACCCGAUCCCAAGAAGAUUACAAAGUGGGUCGCUGAAGGUUCACCAACACACUCUACACCAGUACGCAUCGAAGAUCCCUUGCAAUUUGUGCCAGCGGGAACAAACCCGAAAGAAUUCAAACGUUUGCAACAACAGAUCAAAGACAAUCGUCGGGCUGAUAAAAUAUCCGCCGGUCCACAAUCACACAUCCUCGAAGGUGUUACAUGGGACGAAGCCAAUCGUAUUAAGGAUGCCACCGUUUCGUCGGCCGGAGAUCAUGUUGUGCUAAUGGGAGCCGCCUCCAAGGGCAUCAUACAACGUGGCUAUCAGCAUAAUGCAGCCGUUUAUAAGGCGCCAUAUGCUAAGAAUCCAUUCGAUAAUGUUACCGAUGAUGAAUUGAACGAAUACAAACGCACGGUGGAGCGUAAGAAGAAGAGCAUUCAUGGUGAAUAUACCGAUACUGAUUUCUCCGAAUCAGAGCCACUGAGUUCGAUGCCCAUCUCAGCACCACAACAGACGAAGCAAUUAACAAUUACAACUGCCGCAGUUAGUCAAUCAGAACCAGAAGAUGUUUCAGAGCACCAAGUGAUGAGAAUAGAAACCCAACAAGCGCCAGUUCCAAGCCAACCCGAAGUAGUAUUGAGCGAUGCCGGUUACCACAAACAAAACACCUCACCAAAUUCAUCAUCGAUAACACAAAUUCAUAAAAAUUAUACACAUCAAUUAUAUGAAACUUUCUUACCACAUAAAUAUUCUCUAAACAACAACGAGAUAACAAAUAAUUACGAAAAGCUAGUAAAUGUUGCCGAAAAAUAUGCUUUUUUGUAUAAGCCAACGAUGGUAAACUUAGCUCAGACUCUUGCAAGCCAGGAGUUAGUGGUGUUCAAUGUUUGGAUGAUUCAUAAAAUUGAAAUAUUUCCACACUACACAUAUCCACUGCCAGAUGGUGGAGGCAAAUUACAGCUGAACUUCAAUGCGAACGACUCCUUGGAACAAAGUGAGCGUCACCCUGGGGAUAGACAGAAUCAAAUCGCAGCGAUGGACAGCCAGCUAACAAGCGCAAUUCAAUGUAGCCAUCAAACCUCCAGCCUCUCAUCAUCUUUUCCUACCAGGAGCACCAGAGCAUCACCCUAUCGCACCUGUUCGCAUUAUGGUUUUAAUUAUCCAAUGACUUAUCAACCUAAUAUCACCAUACAUCCAGCCCAUCUACUCACCGCCGUACAGCUACAGCGUGAAAAGGUAAUCGCUUUCAUUAAAUCGACUGCAAUUAGUUUAAAUACUGGUUAUUUUCAACCACGUGAACAUUACGCGCUUCUACAGCCGCGUGCACCACGAUUGAAGUCUUGCGAAACGCUAUUGGUAUCUGUUAGUAAGCAGAGAGCAGGAGCAGAGCAUGUAACAAUACAUAACGACGAAGACCCACAAAAUAUCGAUUCCAAUGGCUCAUAUAUUUCGGUGAAAGAAAUAAAAUUGGAGCCUACUAAAUGCCGGCGCAGCAGCAAGAUGGUGAGCGAUCAUGAAUGCGAUAGUGUAGUAGGCGAUUCUCAACGAUCGCUGCAUGAACGAGAGCUGCACACACCACAGUUGCUGACACAUGACCACCAUCAACAGGACUCACUCUCCGAGCAGUUUUCAUCGUUGCUUUCCAUCGGCGGCACUUCCUAUCCAGCUGGCUCGCAUAGCCAUACCGCCGAUCUUGCGCACGAUCAUGAAGAGGAUCACGAACAGGAGAGCAUUCAUCAGCAGCACUAUGACGAUUCGGGUGAUAAUAAUAGUUCGAUAUUUACGCGGCCAACAUCAACCACACAACGCGCCUCAUACGUAUUACGUGAUUUUUUACCCGCACAUGCACAGGCACAAGCUCAAGCACUUGAUGCGCCUGAGCAUAAGCCCGAAUCAGAGCAGGAACUACAUCACACAGACACCACGAAUUUUGUAACGUCCACACCAAUGGCGCGCCAAUUACUCAAUAUGCGCGACGGUGGUGAGGAGGAAUCGGAUGAUGCUCAGCUUCACGCACAUCAUUCACACAAACAAAUCAAAUUGACGUUAAAUUCAAAGGCAAAAUCCGUUGCACUAAAGCGCCGCUGUUCGUAUUCCCCGCAAGAGGCCGCUGGUAGCGUUGGUCCACCGCACGAUCGCUAUCGUCAUGUGACUGCUUCGCUAUCGGAAGCGGGCUCUUCCUCGCCUACGUCGUCGUUACGCUCUCUGGAGAUACAUAUCAAUAUCAAUGUUAAGAAUUCGGAUUGUGCGCGCACUUUACAAACUCAUGAGGCCGAAUUCCGUCGCAAGUUGGAACGCAUCAUUGACGAAGAAAUUAACUUAAUUGCACAGCAAUUGAGCGGCAGUGCUCAGUCCACCGCCACCAACAAUAAUAUGGGAGCAGUGCAUAAUGAGCCCACCGAAAUGACCACAGCCGGCACGCGCCAUCUGCUGCAGCACACCACACUCGCGGAAACUUGGAACGAUUUGCGCUUUGCUGGUAAUCAUCUGGCAACUGGGCAGCAGCGCUGUAAGUCGUCGAAGAGCACACAAUUGCAAUCUAAAUCAAAACAGCAUCAGACGAAACCACCACCUCCUUCCGCUACUGUCACCGCAGCCUCUUCCUGCUGCGCUGAAGCCGAUUCCACUGCAGCUGAUACACCACCGCCGGAUCAGCAUCGUCAGCUGAUUGCUGUGCUCGAACAGGAGUUGGAGAGUCUGUUGAAUGGCAUCAUUUGCGCCAAUGCGUUGCACAAUCACGCGGUCAUGUGCGAUUGCAAAAUGAAGGUGGCGCAAAUUUCAGAGGAGCUGCGUGCUUCGCUUAGUGCGAGCAAAUAAAGCGCCAUAGAGGAGCGAAGUGAAGUUUUUUGUUUUGUUUUUGAAAAUAAUCACAGCUUAAAAAGCUGUAUUCUGAAUUAAAUAGUGUAUAUUUUUUAUAAUUAAAGGGUAUUUCUUAUGUUCCACUUUAUGCGUAAAUACAAAAUAAGGGUAUUUAGCGAAUUUAAUUCAUCCAUUUAUGUUAAAUAUUGCAUUUCUUAAUUAGCUACGUUAAUUUUCACUUUCACUGCUUUUCUUGUAUUUGU